CACUGUAAAGUGUAGCCUACUUGAAACCCUUUAUAAUUAGUCGAUGCAACGCAUGUCAACUCAAGUUGCAAGGACUGCUUAUAUUCAUUUUUUAUGUCGUGCAAGAUUUUAUCUUUAUACGACUACUGCUACUAAUUUUGAAACACGACCCAGGGCUUCUGCAAACAAAAUCAUUUUCGUAUCAUUUUACCUCUUUCGCUUUCCGUACUUCUUGCUUCCUGUCAGCAACGAUUUGUUAUUGUCAUGGCGGCCACCGUUUAAAUUCACCGAGUAGUUUGUAAAAGUUUAAAUAUUGACUUUAAAAUACUGUAUACCGUUGCGUAAGUACACAGUUAAUCAUCAUACAGGUUUCGUAAACAUUUCGUUUGGAUUAAUUUAAUGGACAGAAACUUUCACACAAAUGCGAUGUUAGCUAUUGUGGCGUUAAUUUGACACAAUAUGGCGGUCCUUCUUGCUAUGAGGGAUUGUUUAAAAUACUAGCGCCGCGAUGAUUUCCAUUGCUCAACAAACUAAUGGUAGGGAAUGGGUUGUUUUAGCUUCCAAACAAAACACCAGCAACAGAGGCUAUUUUACAAAUCAGACGUCCCAAGCCAAGCUAUUGUUCAAUGAAGCCGUGCCUGCCAACUCCAGGAACCGUGCCACAGCCGUGGGUCCUCCGGCUGCCAUUGUCAUUGAGAAGCUACUCCACCUGCCUCCGGAAGAGCAGCUGAAGGACACUGACGGCAGCGUGAAAAGCUCACUCAGCUUCAGCAAUCUGUCUGAAAAGAAGCUGCAAGCUGCGGUAGACCUAGCCAAGAGGGAUCUAAGACGGAGCCGUUUCCAGGCCAUGUGCAGGUUGUCUGCAGAGCCUUUGGGAGAUUCGUUUGUGUCAGACAUUUGCAGUACGACCCUGCCUCAGACACCUUCCAAAAAGCGUCCUGUGCCAUCCAAGCAAAAAGGCCGACUGGCCACCUCAGCAAGGCCUGUGGCAGGUACGGAUCAGUACGAUCUGUUCAGAAAGGAGGUGCGCAAUCUUCAGAAUGAACUCAAAAAUCUAAAAAAGGGCCUGACUCCAGACUUAAACCUACUUGGAGCCAGACAACCGCAGUACAUGGCCAAGAAGGCCACCACGACAUCCGUACUGCAUAUUCAUCGCCCGCCUUUGGAUGCCCUGGACCAGCAAGAUCUCCGGAGACAGGAAAUAUUCAAGCUCCAAAAUAACUCUGACAGUGCAUUUGUGCAGGAUGGAACAACCAAUUGCAGCAAGGCUUCCUCUCCCAAGAAAAACACAGAUAACCCUUCCAAAAAACGUCUGGUUGCUUCCAAGUCGUCAUGGAUGCAAGUUCCUGUCUCAAAGGCACCAGGGCCCAUGGGUCAGCAGGAUCUCUUAGAUCGAGAGAUGCAAAAGCUUGACGCUGAGCUGGAAAACUACAUGCGGCAAGUGGAGAAACUGUCUGACAGAGACAUGGCCUGCAAUAAUGAGCAAGAGGAGGAAGAGUUGGAACCCGACGAGCAGGAGAAAGCGGAGGUGCGCUGGCAGAAGCAGUCUGCCAGUUUGGCGCGGACCAUCUACGCGCUACAACAGCAGAUGAAAUCAAUACAACAAUACAUCGAGAAUCUGCACAACCAGGGCGUGUGGGAUGAUAAAAAGUCCACAGCCAUCCAACGUCUUGCAGGAGCUCAUCGCAGCACCCUGAAAGCCUUGCAGGUGGUCACCCGCCAACUUGCCAAUCAGUUUCACAACAAACUCCCGUCUUAUUGUGGAGAAUUGAGCCGGCUCCUUUGCCAGCUCUCUCUUUGCUCGGCCAAGAUACAAGUUGACCCGGGCUCGCCCAUGCCGGAGACGGCUGUCGAUAUCCUGCGCAAGCUCGAGAUUUUGGACCACAUAAUCAGCCAACACGAGACACGGCAGGCCAUGCAAGACCAAGCUUGUCCUUCACAGAAGAAGUCCACUUAUCCCAGGAUGUUGCCUGCCUCCAGAAGCAGUGUGCCUCGCGGGCUCCCUAAAGCCACCAAGCCACCGCGAAGUAGCCAUGCUUCGAGAAUGGCGGCACAGAAGCUGCGCAGGCCAGACCGGCCAUUCCGGCCAGUCAACCUGCAGAGGGCACCACAGCAGCUCAAGAGAAACUCCCCUGGGGAAAAAAAGCAGCAGGCUACAAAAGUGAAGGUAUUUGUGGGAAUUGUCAAUCUUGGGAAGGAGGCCACUCAUUUCAAGGAACCCACAGUGGCCUCUCGCCUCCGAGUCAAUCAGCCCCCUUCCAGGGAGACGUCAGUGCCAUGGAUACCGGCGUCGUCACAUUCUCUCUCGCCGUCGCGCUCUGGUCACAAGACGACACAAGAGCCAAGAUGCCUCUCUUCUCCCGCCAAGCUGACGUCAUCCUCAAGCCCCCAGAAAGUGCCCGUGAGGUUCAGUGAAGAGGGCCAGCCGAGCUCGGACAACAAACGACAAGCCCAGAAUGAAGCACUAAGAGGCGCCUGGUUGGACAAGAUAACCACGCAACGACUAAAGGACCUUAACGAGCUGACACGAGAGGAGGCCGAGCGCAUUCAACGUUUGAGGGAUGAGGUUGUCUCACCGACCCAAUGGGCUGAGAGGGCUGAGCAGCAGAUGCGAGAGCGAAUUAAGCCGCUUCUGGAUGAGGCCAAGCAUCUCGGAGAGUCCAGGAGCAGGAGCAACUCGUCGCUGAGGAAUAAGCUGUCAGAGCAGGCUGCAACAAAUGUGGCUGAGAAGGGCGAGGAGGCAGAUCUCUUGGAUGAGGCAGCACUGCGGUUUGUGCAAGCUCCCACCCUGGAGGUAAUGCUGCAGCGCAUGGAGGAAAUACAGAGGGACCAGGAGCAAGUGAGGAGACGAGUCGCUUCGAUCGCCUACUCAGAUACACUACAGUGGGAACAACCAGCAGGCUCUCAGUUCCAGGUUGCCAGCUCGCGGCCGAGCUCUCCACAGCCCAUUAGACUGACCAAACCAGUGCUGAGGCAGCCGCCACUCGCUGAUAUUGUUCUGGAAGAACCUGUGGAGACAGGAGUCCUUUCUGACAGCAGCCUGGUGGACAGCGCAUCCCAGAAAGAUGGCCUUCCGGUAUUCCCUGGUCCGAAGGAGAGUGGCCCGGCCAGGACUGUCAUCAGCGUGCCAGGCAGCAUGCUGAAAAGCAUCCGACACUACCGGGAAGACUACGAUUCGCACAUGAGCCAUGCGGCUCACGAGGGCAGGAGCGGUGAUGUCCACUUCUGGUCCAUUGCGGACAGUCUAGCAGACGAACUGUUGGGGGACGCGGUAGGGGGCGUGGCGGCCGAGUUCCAGGACGUUAUGGAGGAGUGUGCCGAAGCCGUCUUCACAGCUGAGUUCCUGCAAUUGAUCCACUCACCUCGCCUCACCGCCUCUUCUUCCUCUUCGGUCAACCAAUAGGUUUGUUAGUGCACUUCAUGCGGAUCAGAAGGUCCCUAAGAAUCUUCACAGGGAGUGCUUCUACUGUUCGGCUGAGUGGACCAUCUGGUGAGUCAUUGGGCAUAAAGUCAGUCAAGUUUAAUAAUUAUAAAAAUAAUAAAGAAAUCUCACGUCACACAAUUUGUGGUUGGCAUGUAUAAAUCUCAACAGUUAUUCAAAAAUGUUUUUUUUAUAUAUUGUCAUAAUCGUGGCUCAGUCUUGUGUGUUGUAAAGUCGAGCGAGGAUGUCUGUAAACCCUUUUAAAAAGUU